AUGUCGGGAACCCAGCCAGGAAGAGGACGUGGUCGUGGGUGGAGUGAUACUGUCCUCCCCUCCCACACUCGAGGAAGAGGGCGAGGUCAAAAUGCUCCUGCUGCACCAGCUCGCGGCCGUGGAGACAGCUCUGCGCGUGGUGAAUUUCGAGGAGGUACAGGCCGGGGCGGGGAGGGUCGUGGAGGUGGCUACGGAGGUGGCAUCGCGUCUGCAGUGAACAUCUUUUCUCAUGGGCCAGGCGACGUUGCGCAGCCAGAUUUGACCGUCAGGAAGAUCGAGAAUGAGAUCGAGAACAACGUGAGAGUGGAACGAGCCAAGACAUCUCCCAUUACAGCAAGACUGCCUCCUCGACCGGGCUUUGGUACCCAAGGACGAGAAGUGUUGUUAUGGACCAAUUAUUUCCAGAUGGUGGCAUACGGCGGCCUGGUCCUCCACCGCUACAGCCUGGAGAUAUUGCCCGAUCAGGCUGGGAGGCAACCGGCGGGAAAGAAAGCUCGUCGGAUCGUCGAGCUACUGCUCGAGGAGCACCUUGGUCAAGAUAGACCAGGGAUCGCCACGGACUUCAAGUCGAAUCUGAUCAGCUCGACCAAGCUCGAACUCGGCCCCGGCCAAGGCAUCUAUAACGUGGUCUACCGGACGGAAGAUGAGGACGACCCACAACCCAAUGCCAAACGCUAUCGUGUUCGUCUGGCCCUCACUGCUUCAUUGACCGUGUCGGAGCUGCUGGAUGAGCUGACUUCGACACGCGCCAGUGCGUUGCUGGGAUCCAAGGAAGAGAUCAUCCAAGCAUUGAACAUUGUGGUCGGACACCAUCCCAAAGCAGCGUCGCACAUCGCAUCCAUUGGAUCGAAUCGCCAUUAUGGGUUGAACGCCGCAGCCUCCGAUAGAGCAACACUGGGUGCCGGGCUGGCCGCCAUCAGGGGAUUCUUCAUCAGCGUUCGAGCCGCGACCGGCUGA